AUGGGAUUCCCCAUGGCGCACAACCUGCUCAAGGCUGGGGUCGACGUGCUGUGCUUCGACGCCAACCGCUCCAACGUCGACCGCUUGGCGCUGCUCGGAGCCAAGCCCACCGACUCUGUCGAGCAGGUGGCUGCGCAGACGAACACGAUCUUCUCGGUGCUGCCCAGGGACGAAGUGGUCACAAGCGUCGUGCUGGGAGACGAAGCGAAGCCUGGCUCGGGACUGCUCGCCAACUUGGCGCCCGGGGCGCUGCAUGUCGGCUGCUCCACGAUCCACCCGAACACGUCGCGAGCUCUGGACGCCAAGCACCGCGAGGUUAAGACGCGCUACGUGGCAGCGCCGAUCUUUGCGCGACCAGACGGGAUGGAGGCCAUGCAGGCGAACUUCGUGCUGUCGGGCUCGGCAGCGGACGCCGUGGAGCAGGCGUCGCAGUGGCUGCACAAGUGUACGAACGGACGCGUGGCGCCGUUCAGCAACGAAGAUCCCGGCGCAGCCAGCGCCGUCAAGCUCUGCGGGAACUUUCUUAUCGCGACGGCCAUUGAGUCCAUGGCUGAGGCGCUCGCGCUGCUAGAGGCUAACGGCGUGGACCGCGUUCAGGCGAUGCAGUUCUAUAGCAGCACGUUCCUGAACUCGGUGAUCCAUAAGGGCUACGGCCAGCGUGUGUCCGAGCGCGAUCAUCGUCCUGGCGGCUUCGCUCUGGAGCUGGGCUACAAGGAUCAGCGACUGGCGCACCAGUUGGCCAUGGAGUCGCAAGUGCCGAUGCCGUUCCUGUCCACGCUCAUCGACCGCUUCCUGAGCGAGCGCGCCAAGGGCCGCAGUGACCUGGACUGGUCCGCCAUCGGCCUCGGCGUUUGCGAAUCACGCGGUGUCGACGUGUCGGACGCCAUCGACCGAUCUCGCGCAGGACAAGCGCCACCGCCACGCGGACUCCCGUGA